CCUCACCUCCAUUUGUCAGAUACUGUAAGACCUGAUGAUCGUCGGGUAUUAAGCAUUUUUUAUGUAGAUUCUAACUGCUUGAAGUGCUCUCAAAUGAAGAGAUUUCGCCUUGUGACAUGUUUGUUGCUGGUAGCAGCAGGAAGUGCCCUGCUGGAAAUGAGAACUAAUCCUUCAGAAUUCAGUGCUCUUCAGUCAGCAGUUAUAAAUGUAGAUCACCAAGAUCUGUUUCGUUUCAUUUGUCACACUGACACAGUGGAAAUGUGGUUUGAGGGGCUGUCACACUUCCGUUCGGCAGACAUGAAACCAUUAGGUGUCGGGAAGCUGUACCAAGCAAUCUAUAAAGUUCCAUUUCUAGGAGAUUAUGUGAUAUUGCUGCGUACCACAGAGUAUGUGCCUGACAUGAGAAUAGUGUUGGAAAGUGAAUCUUUUUUGAAGCCAAGAAUAGAAAUUAGUGCUUUUCCUGUCAGCAACAGAGGAACAAGAUUGACAUUCCGGCUAACAUUCCAGAGGAAAUCAUUGCUAUUUCAGCAUACCUUGGGAUCACUGCUACACUAUAUUGCCCAAAAGUAUAUUGAGAAUUCACUUUCAUUUCUCAUUCAAUUGUGAACGGGAUUUGGUUUUACUUAUUGCCAAUGUCAAAUAGGGAGUAUUCCUAUGAAUAUUGAGGUGAAAUUUGAAGAUUUGUGAAACCUGAGUUUCUCCUCGCGUAUAAAAUGUUCAAAUAAGAAAAUGCAUCCAUGUGUCAUCAUCCACAACUACCAAUAUUUUGGCGGGUGGACAUCUUCUUGUUUUCCAGGUACAAAUGCAACAAGAAAUCACAGAAAUUUAAAACCUGUUUUUGCAGAGCAUAUCCAGAAAGAUGACAAAACACACACACACACACACACACACACACACACACACACACACACACACACAGCAAACACUAUCGCCACCACAUAAUCAAAGAUGAUGGACGUCAGGAUUAGUGAUUAUUAAUAACCAACGGGUGAUGUAGCAUUAACUCUGUUCCUCUGUUUUUUAGCAGCAGUCAUCGUAUGGAAUAUAACAACAUGGAGAUUUUAGAGUGCACUUACAGCUGAUGUCAUGAUGUUAUUAAUGGAGCAAUUGAAAUUAUCAAGUACCCUCUUAAGAGUUGGAGAUUUCUGCCCAAAUUCUGCGCCGAAUCCUGCUCUCACCAUUGUCAAAAGACAGGGGGACAGAGUCAAAGCUACCUCACCCGCUCAUUAUUGAUGUGCACUAUUUAUGAUCUCUGAUGCCUGUCAUCUUUGGUUAGGUAUUGGGGCUAGCGUUUACACACACACACACACACACAGAGAGAGAGAGAGAGAGAGAGAGAGAGAGAGAGAGAGAGAGAGAGAGAGAGAGAGACUGUGUGUGUGUGUGUGUGUGUGUGUGUGUGUGUGUGUGUGUGUGUGUUUGUUUAUACUCUAUAAACUCAUGUUUUAACCCUUUCAGACCUCAGUGUUUUCUGGAGGACGGAAAUUUUUUCCUUGUGCUGUAAAGCUCUUGGGUGAUUUCUUAAUGAUUUUAUAUGCUAGAUUUAUAUGAAAAUGUGUACCCGUUUUCAAAAUAUACUUUGUGCACUUGGCUCCUUUUUUAUGGAUUAAAAUAACUAAUUUUGAAUAUUCACUGUUGUAAUAAACAAACUGAUCAUCCAAUAAUUGCCAUACAAAAUAACAAUAUUAAUACUCAUUUAUACAGUGGAAUGUAACUAACCAACCACUUUCAUGUAUUCUGGCAGUCACAAGCCACUGCACACUGCUACUUUGACCUAUUGAAAUUUUUAUAGUGAAGCUCAAUAGUUGGCAGCACUUGUACAUGAUAAAAAGAUUGAACAUUCACAAAUAUGCAUUAUGAGGUUUCCAAAAUGGAAAAAUAUGUCCCUUGCAACUAAGAUACAGUAAAAUUUAAUGAGAACAGUUGUAGCCAGUUGGUCUGAAAGGUUUAAAUUCCCUUGCACAGGACUUCGUUGCUGCAUGUGUACCUUGAAAAUGACAAGAUGUUCACCUGUUGAAAUAUCAGCAGUUGUCAAAGAUGUCACUGGGCUGCAUUCCCAUAAGUUAUUUGAAUAUAUAAAGAUUUAAUUGUUAAUUCUUUCUCAUUAACUUAGUGGAUGAUUACGCAACAUCCGCCCCCCCCCCCCCCCCCCCCCCCCGCCCUCCCUUCUUCUCCCCAUGUUUUAUAAAUGGAGUUAUAAUUGCCACCAGUUUGUGAUGGGCCUACAUGGUUAACACAUCACAACCAGGUAUGUUUAAAGAUUAAAAGACUCUAGAUGUUUAUGGAGGUAUUAUAAUUGAUAAUUAUGAUAAAAAGUUGAAAUUUGGAAUAAGCUUAUGAAAGUGCUAUUUCAUAUCCAGCUAGCUGUUGUAUCAUUAUGUGGUUUGUAUUAAGCGCAUCUCCAGUUCGCCCAUUCUGUCCUAACACAAUUUUUCAACUCUUGAAGCAAAACUGCUGGACUAUGCUUGGGUCAGUUUUCUACACUGCCGCUCAAAUGCUCCAAAUACCCCUAUAAUUUUGAACUGUCUUAAUGCCCACUAUCUUUGGGAAAUUGGAACAUUUUUGAGACAGCACUUGUUUUAUUUAGGGUAUUAUAUCAUCUUUGAUAAGGAAGUAUUUGUCUCUUUUAGAGAAUUUUCAAUUUUUUAAAAAGUUUUUUAAUGCACCAAAAUUAUAUAUCAUACAAACAUUCCCGUCUGGCAGUUUCUGAAGGAAUAGAGAGAAGUAGUGGUUUUAAGAUGAAUUUUAUAUGAGUAUUCCAUACAUGAGUAAAUAUUACACUAAGAAAUUUUGUGUUUUGAUUAUUGUUUUUUCUGUGUGAUCGAAUAUCAAUUAUUAACUUAACCAUUGUAUUCUAUUAAAUUAUGAGACAGAAUUUCUGGCCACACUUACCUUCAGGAAAUGAAGCAGUUAGGUACUGCUGAUAGUCACAUAUAAAAGUAACAGUACAUAACACUGCCCUAGCUUCCAAAACUAUUAGUUCCUUCCUCUAGGAGGAGAGAGGGAUGAGUUUAGCAAAGUUAAGAAGGAAAAGCAAGUUUUCUGACUUUUUUCUAGCUUGGUUAUCUCUUUUCAUUGUUUAGUGAUCUCUCUCGGUUUGUCUAUCAUUAUUCCUUGUUUUCUGUCCCCCCACAUAUUCUUUCAGUGGCCAAUUUUUCUGUGUUCAGAAACAAGUCACCUUGCUCUCUCAUGUUUCCCUUUGUCUUUGCUAUGCUUGUCCUCACAACAAGUGCGUGUUUCUCAUUGUGGUGUCUAAGUGACCUUCUCUUUCUUCUUAACCUUUUAAUCUUCCCCACCCUAUCCCUCUCUUCUCUGUGAGGAACGAAUCAAUAAUUCCAAAAGCUAGGAUAGUGUCAUGCACUUUACUAUUAUGUGUAUCUGUUUCACCUAUUGAGGUAUGUUCUAGCCAUAAAUUCUGUCUCAUAAUUUAAUAGUUUUUGUGAUUGAAUUAUACUUUGUGUUGUCAUAGCUUAUAACUUCACAGAUAUAUACCGUAAAAUACUGAAGAGACAUACUAUGUAAUUAUAUGAAUCAAGUGAUAUCUCAGCACUAUUGAUAACUUUUAGUCAUUUGAUCUCAAUCAGCAAGUUAUCUAUGCCUGUAUAACUAUAGCUAGGCGAAUGUAGAUCACGGUUAGUGUAGUUCUUGAGGCAGAGAGCUCCAAGUGUUUUGUAACCUGAAGCUUAUGCUUUCUUAAUAAAAUAUAUUGUGGGCUCCACAUUGUAUCUUUAGGUGAGUAGUGAUUUUUCUUCACGUACAGAUGCCUAAGAAAGAUGAGAAAAACAGAGACAGUAAUGUGGGUCACUAAUGUAUAUGCAACAAGUCACUUUACUUAUUAAAAUGCAAGAAUGUAAUUGAAUGAAUGAGUAGGAGUUGUUGAAGGCCAAGUGCUAAUAAUAAUAUUGCUCAGUGCUAGAAGAAGGAAAAAUAUUCAGCAGCUCCUCAAAGAAGCAGACAUUUUGAAGAAAUAUUAUCAUGACAGUAUAAAAGAAAUUCUGAUGCAUAGAAAAAUGCUAUCAACUAUUUUUUGGUACCAUGUUGUUAAACAGAAUACAUGACUGUCAUCCAUGAACCUACUAACUUCCAACAAAUAAAAUAAGAAUGUCCCUUCCCAUAAAAUCAGCUGAACAUGUGCGACUUCAAAAUGUUUACAAAUUCUUAUACAUUAAUUUGUGUAUUUGAUAUUGUGUCAAAGAUUUAUAUUUUAACUGUGAUUAUGGGACCAAGAACAAAUAAAUGUAUAUACAUUAUAA